AUGUACGCCAAGCUCCCCAAUGGAAUCCGAGUCUUCUAUCGCGAAGGCGGCUCUCCAAGCAACCCUACUAUCCUCCUGCUUCAUGGGUUUCCUUCCUCCUCCCACCAGUAUCAAAAGCUCAUUCCCAUCCUGUCGGCAAAAUAUCAUGUUGUUGCUCCUGACCUGCCUGGAUUUGGCUUCACCGAGAUUCCUUCGUCCUUGGAUUUCAAGUACACUUUCGCCAACUUCGCGACCACCAUUGGUUCGUUCCUCGACGUUCUGAAGAUCGAGAAGUUCGCGGUCUAUGUCUUUGAUUAUGGUGCCCCAACAGGCUUUCGACUCGCCCUGGAGCGACCACAAGCCAUCACGGCAAUCAUCUCACAAAAUGGCAACGCCUACGACGAGGGCUUGGCUGCUUUCUGGGAUCCUAUGAAGCAGCUAUGGGCAUCCGCGGCCGGGUCUGACGAGGACAAACAACUCCGGGAAACGAUAAAAGGGGCGAUCCUUACCUUUGAAGCCACCAAGUGGCAAUAUCUCAAUGGCGAGCCCGAGGCAGAGAUGAUUGAUGAUCCAGCAGCGUACUACCUCGACUACGCUCUUCUUUCCCGUCCAGGCAACAAAGAGAUCCAACUCGAUAUAUUCAGAGAUUAUGGUACAAACGUCGCCUUGUACCCCAAGUUUCAGCAAUACCUGCGUGAUAGUCGUGUUCCCGUGUUGGCCGUGUGGGGAAAGAACGACGAGAUUUUCCCGGCGCCAGGGGCGGAAGCAUUCAAGGGGGACGUGAAAGACCUCAAGCUUGUGUUGUUGGAUGGUGGACAUUUCUUGGUGCAAAGCCAUACCGCUGAAAUUGGGCAGUUGAUACUGGAGUUCUUCGCCGAGAGGGGCAUCUGA